AAAAUCCUCAUGCACAAGGGGGGCACCACUUCCAAGAGAUAGAACAGACAUCUGAAAGAUCUAGCAGGUCCAGAUAGUCACCUAUUUGCUCACAAAUAGUGAUCUCUACAAAGUAGCCAUGGAUAAUCAUUCAUACAACUUCCCUUCUGACUGCACCCCACUUACCAACUGCAAGUCUGCUCGCAAGCCGGCUGGGUCCACCGUGGUGAACAUGGGCAACACGGGAAAGGCUGCUCCCCGGGAUUAUCUGAUCUGGUCACUGUGCAACACUUUGUAUGUUAACUUCUGCUGCCUGGGCUUCAUGGCGCUCAUCUACUCCAUCAAGGCCAGGGACCAGAAGACUUUAGGGAAUCUGCAGAUGGCCCAGGAGUGCUCAGACAAGGCCAAGUGGUACAACAUCCUGGCAGCCGGCUGGAACCUGCUGAUACCCCUGCUGGCUGUCGUCCUGCUUGUCCUCCUUCUUGUCCACCUCGGCUCGUCUCAAGGCUCCUUUGACUUCUUUGGGGAAGAUGGUUUCCAAAACUUCAUGAAGCUGUUUAGCUGGUAGAUGAAGGCAAAAAGGAGAAAAAAUAAAAACUGUCAGGAGAGGGUGUUUGAUUUGAUACAGGAGAUUAAGGCAGACUCGAUAACGCCUGAGAAUUUUACAUUCCUUUCCUAAAUGGUAGUCAGGACAAAGGCCCAAAUUUUGCUCUGCAUUGAAAUGAUCUUAAUUUGUCAAAGGUAAACGUAAUUCAAGAGUGUCCUCUCAGGGAUUCACUGUGAAAUAUUGGAUAAAUAUCAGAAGUAAAGUAAAAAUCAACCAGUAUUUUAUUAUUUUUUUUUCUAAAAGCAAUGGCAAAUGUUUAUGCUGUUCAGUAAAAGCAAUAGGGUCUGGUAACUCCCCCUAUAGACCUUUAGCAUUGCAGACUUGUCAUCAGAGCUGUCGGAAAUGUUGUGAAUGAGAGCCCCAUUCAUCAAGCCAUGGCAGCAAACAACUAUUAUAGUUGCUUUUAACAAAUGAAGUACACAUAUGUGAUGUUCCUCCAGUGGUAAAUCUAACGUCUGCUGUAAAAAAAGGUUUGUUGUAAUUUUCAGCGUUAGUGGGAUGCGGUCAGUUAAAAUGUGAAGAUGGCCAAAGGCUUAACCAGCCCAAGUCAUACAAUACGGGGAUAAAUUUAGAUCAAAAAGACCGAAUCCAGGGCGUGAGACUGAACAAGCAUCACAAGCUUUUGUUGUUAUUUAUUAUAUUUAUGUUGGCUGAAAAUCUGAACGAUGGCUGAAAAUGACUUUAGGAAAUGGUAGAAAGAGAAAGAAGAGAGAUGAAGGGCAGACGUCUGAAGGCAGCAAUUAUGAGAAGGCAACGGACAAUUUUUUUUUCAUCUUUUCAGUUUUUUCAUGUUUUUAACUUUCAUCUGUCUUUGUCACUGUUCCUGUAUUUUUGAUAGUACUAUAUUGUUUCAAGUAUUCUAAUUCUACAUCGUCUUAUUGUCAAACUCUGAUCUAAAUAAACUAGACACCACUGA